AAAAAUUAUCUUGUUUAUCAUUGGUAAACUAUUUAAAAUUCUUUUCAUCUUAUUGUUGCUAUUGUUGAUGAUUUUAUGGAUUGCUCUUGGUUGUGAGACUGGGAGACAAAUUGAUGAAGUAAAUCAAAAACUUGGUCGAUCUCGUGGCGAUGAACGUCGAUUCUUAAUGCAAUUAAAUCAGGCUGCCGUUGUACCAUUGUUUACACGUUCAUCAUUGCCACGAGUUUAUUUGCUUACCAUAUUAAAUUCAUUAAUAAAUGAAUUCAUUGCAUUAGCUUGUCUUAUAUCAUACAUAUUACGAGCACGACAGAUUUUUGUUAUCACUGAAUCAUUACUGACAUUAAUCUGGUUUAUUGAACAAUAUCGUCUCGACGAUUUCUAUCAUCAUAUUGAUUCACUUGAUUGGCAAAGUUCGCGACUAAAUGUAACAACACAUGUCAUACAUUUGAUUGUCAUAACAAUCGGAUUUUUUUGUUGGUUAACUGAUCAAAGCUCACAUGGACAUAUGCGUACAAUUCGAGAUAAUUCCUCAAUAAUGAACGAUAAUGAGAAGAACAUAAGAACCGGUACUGGUGAUAUUAGAAGCCUGAAAAAAGAUGGUAAUAACAGCGCAAGAGAGGGUCAUCAUGAAGGAGAAUCAUCAUUGGUGAGUGGAAUUAUUCAAUCAAGAUUUAAAAGACAUUGCGAUUGGAUGCGUGAUCGAUUUUUGUACAAUAAUAAUAACCUAAAUAAAAUAUGCAAGGUUAAUAGAAAAAAAUCAAUGAUAUCUGAAAUCUCCAAUAGCAUAGGCGUCCACAACAAAAAUAAUUAUAGAAAAAAUCGAAAGGAAAUAAAUGAAAAGGACAAUACAAAUUCAUGGAAUGGUUCAGAAAAAUCACGUAAAAAUAUAAUGACAAUGCUGUUGACAAUGACCAAUAAUUGUACUGGUAAUGGUUGUUUAAAACAUCAAAAUCCUUGCAACUUAGAACCGGAAACAUCCAUUGAAAAUCAUCCUAAACCUGACGAUUUUCAAGAGACCAAUCAAAAUCAAACAUCGUCCAUGAAUGAUAACGAAACCAUUGUUGAAAUUUCAUCAUAAAUUCAU